AAAAAAAAAAAAAAAAAAAAAAAAAAAAAAAAAAAAAAAAAAUGGUUUUAACGAAACGUUGUGAAAUCGAGAACAGCCGAGUGUCGUGAAAUUUAAUUGCGAAACGAAACGAGCUUAAAACCACGGAUUUUGGACGGGAUAUGUAUUGGGGCUGAAAAGUUUACUCGGUGGAUAGGGAAUUGGCUUGCUGUCAAAAGCUCGGAGAGACGCAACAAGCGAUAAAAGGAUGCGUUGAUCAGGAUAAUUAUGAUAGAAACAUAAUAGUAAAGUGUUUUGUACGAGUAGGCUGGAUUUAAAUUGGUUAUAAAUUCUUUAUUAAUUCUUUAUGACGGCGGAUUUCAAAGUACAGUUAUUAAUAUCAAAUAUUAGUGGAAAGAUUAUAAAAUCGAUAUGAAAUUGAAUUCGAUGCGAUUAAUAUUAAAUACGUCAUCUUGUUGAAGAUACAUAUAGUUAGACUGUUCAUUUAUUUAUAUAUUUCUAAAGAUAUAACGAAAUGCGUAAAAAUUCUAAAAAUAAAAUAUAUAUUUUUUAAACAUUUCGUGAAACGAGUUAUUAAUUUUCUUUUUUCAUAUUUUUUAUUUGUAUUCAUAAAAAUGUGCAUAAACAUUUAGAAUUUAAAGAUGAUGAAAUCAUCCAACAUAUCUGUAAAUAGAUACGCGAAACGAGCUUUUGAGAGCAACUUUUUAGAAUUUUGUUUUAAUUGAAUGUGAAGAUUCGGUCAUGAAAUUGGCACGUUUCCAAAAUCUCGUGAAUGCAACAGCUUCGUGGCAAUGAAAAUGUUUAUCGGAGUAGACCUUCGAAGUUCAUUUCAAGAAAGCCCCGAUGACGGCCCUCGAUGAGAAUGUGAACCGUGUUCCACGGCUAUAUACAAACGAAAGAGAAACAGAAAAUCAAUCGGGUUGGCAAGAAAGAAUAGAACGUCUCUCGAUGAAUAGUCAGGAUAAUAAUACCUCGGACUUAGGACACCCUGUACAAAUCGUGCUUGCUCAUCCAGAUCACAGUUUUGAAUUAAACGAAGAAGCUUUAUCAAAAAUUCUCCUUGAAGAUGAUAUUAAAGAUAGGAGUGUAGUUGUUGUGUCGGUAGCGGGUGCUUUCAGAAAAGGCAAAAGCUUCCUGCUUGACUUUUUCUUGCGAUAUAUGAACAGUAAGUAUAAUAACAACAAUCAAACGGACUCUUGGUUGGGUAAAGAAGAUGAACCAUUACGUGGAUUUUCGUGGAAAGGAGGAUCUGAAAGAGACACGACAGGCAUAUUAAUGUGGUCAAAAGUUUUCCGUGGUACUUUACCAGAUGGUGAAAAUGUUGCUGUGAUUUUAAUGGAUACACAAGGUGCUUUUGAUAGUCAAUCCACUGUGAAGGAUUGUGCGACUGUGUUUGCUCUAAGUACAAUGUUGUCAUCUUUACAAAUUUAUAAUCUAUCACAAAAUAUCCAAGAGGAUGAUCUUCAGCACUUGCAACUUUUUACGGAAUAUGGUAGGCUGGCGUUACAAAACUCAGGACGCAAACCAUUCCAAAAGUUACAGUUCUUAGUAAGAGAUUGGAGUUAUCCUUACGAAGCGAAUUACGGUGCAGAAGGUGGAAAAGAGAUAUUGAAUAGAAGAUUAGAAAUUUCUGAUAAACAACAUCCAGAAUUGCAAAGUCUAAGAAAGCACAUUAAAUCAUGUUUCUCGGAUAUAUCUUGUUUUCUCAUGCCACAUCCAGGUUUAAAUAUUGCCACUAAUCCUCAUUUCGAUGGUAGAUUAGCAGAAAUUCAACCAGAAUUUAAAGAACAACUCAAAGUAUUAAUACCGAUGUUGUUAGCUCCAGAAAAUUUAGUUACAAAGAAAAUUGAUGGACAAAUUGUAAAAGCAAGGGAUUUGUUGGAAUAUUUCAAAAGUUAUAUGAAAAUUUACAAAGGAAACGAGCUUCCUGAACCAAAAAGUAUGUUAGUGGCAACAGCAGAAGCAAAUAAUUUAGCUGCAGUUACAGAAGCUAGAGAAUUUUAUAUGCGAUUAAUGGAAGAUAUUUGUGGAACAAAAAAACCAUAUUUAACAACACAACGUUUAGAGGAUGAACAUGCACGUUGUAGGGAUAAAGCUAUAUACAAAUUUCAGAAUAAAAGAAAAAUGGGAGGAGAAUCAUUUAGUCAAACUUAUACAAAAAAAUUAUGCCAGGAUAUGGAUAAAGCUUUUGUUCACUUUAAAGCACAAAAUGAAAGUAAAAAUGUUUUUAAAUCAACGCGAACUGCAGGAGUAUAUUGCGCAAUUGUUGCCAUUAUGUACUUCUUAUCCUCUAUAUUUGGUUUUACUGGAUUAUAUCUAUUAGCAAAUAUUUGUAACUUCAUCAUGUGCAUCUGUAUAUUAACCUUAAUGUUAUUGGCAUACAUUAGAUACAGUGGUAAUUAUGACACAAUUGGAAUAGCAAUAGAUGAAGUGGCUAAUGUUUUAUGGAAUAAUUUAAUUAAGCCAGUCUAUCAACAAGUUGUGGAGAAGUCAGUGUCCGUAGCAGUGGCUCAAGCUGCUGAAAUGGCUACAAAUACAACAAUGAAUGCCACUGUCACUGCCAAUGGCAAGCCUAAACUAACAUGAUGUUCAUUCCCUUUGUGUCCCAAUUUCUUAAGUGCAUUAGAAAUAUACACCAAUGUAUUAAAACCAGUAAGUGACAUAACAAAAUUUAAUUGUUUUUACCAUGUAAUAUGAGGCCAUAAAUAGCUAUUUUUUUGUUAAGUCACAAGGAGGGACUGUGCGUUAAACAUAUUUAUUUAAAAUGACUGUGAAUGUAUAUACAAUAUAUUUUGAUUAUAAUUCCCUCUAGAUUGUUGAAAAACAUCACUAUUGUCUAUGAUUGAUAUUACAUUGUUAAAAAAAUAAAAUUCCACAAUUACUGGUAAAAAAUAUUGUUUGGAUAGAAGCUAUUGUUUUGGGGUUGUUAAUGUUUAUGAUCAAUUUUAAUUUUUUUUAUAUUACAAUAUAUAAAUAUAUAUAUACAUAUGUAUACCAUAAAGAAACAAAGUGUAAACAAAUUUUUAAAAACAGUAUACUUCUAUAUUUUUUGAUAACAUUGAUUUCAUUUAGCUCUUUAGUUAGGAAAAUAUAUUUAAGCACAUUUUAAGAUAACAAAAAAAAAAUAUAUUAAAAUAUUUUUGAAAAGAAAUUUUAAUAGUACACACUUUGUAUAUUUAUGCAUUAUUCUAUGUAUAUGAACUAACAUACUUAAAUUAUAUCCGUGCCAGAUUUAUUCAACAUCAGUUACUAUUGUAUUGAUUAAUUUUUUUAAUAAACUGAAGUGUAAAUACUA